AUGUCCUUAUCAAAACCUACUUGGAAUCAUUUCGGUAUUCACCAGCCGUUCCCGGACAAGCAGAAUCCCGUUGGUUUUUACCGGGACUCCCUUUCCUCAUCUUUUCUUUCUCCAGUAGCCCUUUCAUUAUCAGCUGCUUUCUCUCACCCAAUCUCUACCAACUCCGCCAACAUGAAUGCGCUCUCGGCCGACGAGAUGGAACGCUUCCAGAAGCUUUCCAAUAGCUAUCAGCCGGAUGUCCAGGGCCCCCUUGUCUCAACCAAACAAUCUAGCCACAGCAUCGCGUUGGAUUACUCAAAUGCGGAUCCUACUCUAGCUACAAAGACAAAUGCGCUUGCUAUCACCCAUCCCGAGUGCCGUAUCAUGAAAGGCGACGGGAAUUGUGGUUGGAGAGCUGUGGCAUUUGGUUAUUUCGAGACCCUCUUCGCCCUCCGAGACACGCUCCGUAUCGAGACCGAGAUUCGGAGAAUGAAGUCUCUUACUACGCUUUUGGAACGGGUCGGCCUGUCGGAUUCCAUUUACGAGAUCUUUGUCGAUGCCACAGAAGAAGUCCUCAACCGAACGCAUGCUGCUAUCCAAAAUGGUGCUCAAGAUGAAUCUUUCCUUGUCGAUGCUUUUAAUGAGGGUUACUGCUCUGAUGCUAUCAUUACCCACUUCCGCAUUUUGACUAGCGCGUGGAUGAAGCUCAAUCCGAACCGGUACCAGGCCUUCCUUCCUAUGCCACUGAACCAGUACUGCAGCUCGCGGAUAGACCCGGUGAAGACCGAAAUCGACGAAGUUGGUCUUCAAGCACUGAUUGACGGUGUGAUCGAAGGCUCCGGCUUUGGUGUUGAAAUUCUUUACCUCGACCGAAGUGAAGGCGAUGCCGUCACACCCCACCAACUAUCCUCUAACAGUCCCAGUGGUGCAACCAUCCGCCUCCUAUACCGGCCAGGUCAUUAUGAUAUCCUUUACCCAGUCGAACCUUUGAACAUGGCACCCAUUGUCAACCUCCAAUACGGAAUGACCUUAAUGGCCAUCCCCAAUCUGAUGCAGGACACAUCCUUUGGGAUGGGCGCUCCCAUGUCUCCAAUGCCUUCUGUCUCGCCAACCCCCGCCAGUCCAUUCCGCAUGUCCCCGCAACAAGACAUGUACCAAUCGCCUAUGCCAACCCAUGCACCCAUUCCACCGAUUCCUGUCUCUCCUCCUCCACAAAUCGCACCCCCAUCCUCCGCCCCGCCACCAAUGACUUCACUGCCUAGUCGAUCAUCAGACGGCCCGCAAAUUCGCCUGAAUCCCUUGGUCAUGAAACCGAAUCUCAGUCGCUCGUUGCCAGUCACCACCCCUUUCAAAAAUUCCCCUUACAACCAAGCCCAUUUCCAGAAUUCUGACUUUGAACCCAUCCAUUGGGAACCCCAUGAACGAAGAUAA